CUUACACAGGUGCGUAUAACGAGUACAUGUACAUACUAUGUACCCUGCUCACCUUAUAGGAUGGAAAUGUUUACCUCAUCCAACUUUUAUCUUGGGAGUCUUAACUAAUAUCAUAACUAGAUAAUCUAUAAACUAUUGGUUUCUCACCCUGACCUCCGUCAAAGCUGAGCACGGGAUCAAACGAACUCCUUGUCGCGCCUCAUUUAUGCGCACCAAUCGGCGCUCCCACGGGCAAGAUUCUCCCGAAUGGGACAACUUUCCCGUACCCGCUCCGGUCUCCGGUGGACCCUAAUACGUGAGGGGAGAGGCGCGUAGCGGAGAGCCCAAUGCCAUAUGAAUAACAGGCGAGUCCGGGCUGGUGACAAUGUCUUCUCCUAUGACUUUUUCUCCUAGGUAGGUAUACUCCGAGUCUGGAAUUGUGUAUCAAGGAAAAAAGGAGAGAAGUACUCAAUAAAUCACAAUGACUACCUUCACCAAGAUCACGGGAGAUGAAACUCCCCUUAUCGAGGUAGACGCGGCCAAGCGCCUGUCUAAGAUAGAUCCUAUGAUAUAUGGCGGCUUUACCGAACAUAUGGGCCGCUGCAUCUAUGGAGGUAUCUACGACCCAACCAACCCGCUGUCCGACGAAGACGGCUUCCGGACAGACGUGCUCUCGGCUCUUCGCGAGAUCGACAUCCCAGUAGUGCGGUACCCCGGCGGCAACUUCGUCGCGACGUACCACUGGCAAGACGGCAUCGGGCCCCGGGAAAAGCGGCCCUCCCGCCCGGAACUAGCCUGGCUCGGCACGGAGACCAACCAAUUCGGCACCGACGACUUCAUGCGCUGGCUCGACAAGCUCUCGGCCGGCAAAGACCGCCGCGCAGAGCCGUACCUAUGCCUGAACUUCGGCACCGGCACCCUCGACGAAGCCCUAGCCUGGGUCGAGUACUGCAACGGCACGCGGGACACGUACUACGCGAACCUGCGCCGCGCCAACGGACACCCCGAGCCCUACCGCGUCAAGUACUGGGCCCUCGGCAACGAGGUCUGGGGUCCCUGGCAAGUCGAGCAGAUGACCAAGGAAGACUACGCCAAGAAGGCCAUCCAAUGGGCCAAAGCCCUGCGUCUCCUCGACCCGAGCAUCGAGCUCAUCCUCUGCGGGCAAGACGGCCAGAGUUCUUGGGACCACUACGUAUUGCACGAGUGCGUCGGCUGGGUCGACAUGCACAGCAUCCACAUAUACACGGCGUCCAACAAGCACCUUCACAACGCCACGGCUCCCCUAGCCGCCGAGCGCGCGAUCCAAAUCACCGCCUCGCUAAUCGAUCUCGCGCGCAUCGAAAACAAAGUCUCCCCCACGAAGCCGCCCACGCGCAUCUGCUUCGACGAGUGGAACGUGUGGGACCCGGAGCGCGCGCCGGGCGAGAAGGGCGCCGAGGAGCAGUACACGUUGUCUGACGCGCUAGCCGUUGGGGUAUGGCUGAAUGUGUUUGUGCGGCAGAGCAAGUACAUGGGCAUGGCGAAUAUUGCGCAGACGGUUAAUGUCAUUAGUCCCCUUAUGACGAACGAGCAUGGCGUCGUGCGCCAGGCUACGUGGUGGCCGCUGUUGUUGUUUAGUAAAUACAUGCGCGGCUGGACUGUUGCGACGCAUGUGCGGUCCGGUGCCUACGAGGGAGAGACGACACCGGCUUGGUUACAAGGGACGCUAGGCGAGACGGGCGCGCCAUGGCUCGAUAUUAGUGCCGCCCUUGGUGACGAUGGCUACGUAAACCUGGCCGUUGUCAACAUUAGCGAGACGGAGGACUUCGCCGUCCAGCUAAAGGGUGUUGGUGCCGAUGUGUCUAUAUACACCGUGUCCGGAUCUCAAGUUAGUUCGACGAAUAAAGAGGGCAAGGAAGAGGUUAGCUUGUCGGAAGGGAAGUGGGAUGGUCAGGGGAAAUACACGUUUGCAAAGCACACGGUCACAUUAUUGAGGUGGAAGUCGUAGA